AUGGCAGCCAGUGAUGUGGCUCUAGGAAUCAUCUUCUUGUCACAGACUGUGGUUGGAGCUCUGGGAAAUUCCUCCCUUCUCCUCCAUUACCUGGUCCUUUACUUCACUGGGUACAGGAUAAGACACACAGACUUGAUUCUUCAGCACUUGAUUGUGGCCAACUUGUUAGCUCUCCUGUCAAGAGGAGUUCCCCAGACAGUGGCAGCUUUUGGAGUGAAAGAUUUCCUCAAUGAUUUUGGAUGCCAGCUGCUUUUCUAUCUUCACAGAGUGGGUAGGGGUGUGUCCAUUGGCAGCACCUGCCUCCUGAGUGUCUUUCAGGCCAUGAAGAUUAGUCCUGAGAAUUCCAGCUGUUCAGAGCUUAAAGUGAAAUCUCCCAAAUACAUUGGUUUCUCCAUAUUCCUGAGCUGGAUGUUGUACCUGCUUGUAAGUACUAUGACUUUUUCACAAAUGACUGGAAAAAGGAGCAACAAUAAUAUCACAAGCAUGAAAGAUUUUGAAUACUGUUCUGGUGUUCAUCCUAGCAAAACCUUACAAUCACUGUAUGCAGCAUUGCUAACCUUCCCUGAUGCCCUGUGUGUGGGGCUCAUGAUCUGGGCCAGCAGCUCCAUGGUGCUCAUCCUGCACAGGCACAAACAGAGAAUGCAGCAUGUUCACAAGACCAGCUCCCCCAGGUCCUCCCCUGAGACCAGAGCCACCAAAACCAUCCUCCUCCUGGUGAGCACUUUUGCAUCUUUUUACACACUUUCCUGCAUCUUUCAGGUUUGUGUAAUUUUUAUUUAUAAUCCCCACUGGCUGCUGGUAAAGAUGGGUGUAAUAGUUGCUGGGAGUUUCCCAACUCUCAGCCCUUUUCUGCUCAUGAGCAGGAACUCCAGUGCAUCCAGGCUUGUUCUCCCUUGGAUAAGGAAUAGGAAAACCCACGAUGUCAGGGGAAUGUGUAAAUUGUAG